UCGCGCCCUCUCGUCCGAACUGGAAUGUAUGGAAAUGUGGACUUUAAAUACAACGUUAAAAAAAAUGAUCCUGUAAGUUUAUAGCGAAUUUACGUGGCGGUGAGCGUUAAACGUUUGAAACCAAUACACAAACUGGUUAUGUUUCUAUGCAUGUCGCUUUUUUGUGUCAUUUUUGUUCGUUUGUGCUCAUAAAUCCAUGAGCGUUGAGAGAUCCACGCCUGGUUUUGUGACUCUCCAAACUAUCGCCGGUAGUUUCUCCGGGAACAGAGGCGGGUAAAAGAAAAACUAGCACCGGACCCCAAUGUGAUCCACGGCCAGCUGUCGGAAAGACCCAAAUGGAGGACUACGAAGUAUUUGUGGGGAGUCGUUUGUCACAUCUGCGCAACAAAGAGGAGGAACUGAAAAAGCCCUCCUCUUCUGCCAUUCGAUUCUAUGGAGCGCCCAUCCUGCCUCCGUUGCUCACGGAUACGCAGAGAGAAGAAAUGCAGCAGCACAGAGACGCAGCUCAAAAAGAUGCGAUCACCCGAAAGUUGAAGGGCAAUGGAAGACUGGCAUAUGUGCAAACAAUUCUACACAGUGUACAGAUGAGGAAUUCACCAACAUUCGAGGACUUGCUUCAGGAAUUGAAAGUUGCCCCAAAAUCUUUGGAUUCCUCAAACUCCAGUGACUCUAGUCAGCAAAGUGUAAACACAGUGGCAGAAAUGAAUAGUCCGCUCGUUAGUCCAUUAUCAUCAACAUCACACAAUGCCUUUUUCACCUCUCCUGUAAUGCCUCAACCAAAUAACAAGGCAGGGUGCCUUGUUGAGCAUCAUGAAAACCAACAACCCUCUCAACUGAGCUCCUUUAAUAGUGCAAAUCCCUGCUCUGUAUCCUCCAGCUAUGUGACUCAUACCAUUAUAGAAAACACCACUGGUCUUUCAGAAAGUCAUGAUAUAAGGAGUGUUAGCCAUUGCCCACAAGGAACUCCUAAUACAACUGACUUUUUCCUUCAUAAGACCUCAAAGCCAAUGGCCAAAAUGGCAGAUAUCAUUAGCUACCCUCCCAUCGAUGGAGAGGAAUUGGAGAGAAGUGGACAAGAGUCAUCCUUUCCUCAUGAUUUUCUCCCAAAAAAUGACAGUAGUUGUACCGUAUUACCAGAGGAUUCAAUUGAAAGUAAUUUCCCUGAAUGCGAAAGUCAAAAUAGUGAAAUGGACAUUACUGAGAGUCAAGAACAUCGUCCCCCCUCUGCUGUACUUAGCAUAAAGGAAUGCCACAAAAUUAGGCAAACGAUUGUCCCUGUCCCCUUUUUGGACAGCUGUCGCUCUCCAAACAUUCUCGAGUUACCUAAAACACCAAGUAUCGAUUGUUCUGGUUCUGAUCAGUGUACUGAAAUAUAUCCGGGAAAUACAGACUCUGUGAACCCGCAAGUACCCAAUAUACAGUCAAAGUCUCCCAAUCGGCCGAGCCUCCAGGACCUGUUGAGAAAAUCUCAGGAGUAUCGCCGGCAACAGCGCCUGCUUAGAAACCAGGCAAAAAAUGCUAGAAUCCAGGAGCAAGCACAAGAACAACCAAAACUGGAGGAGAAGAGCCUCUCUGAUAAGGAGAACGAGUCUCAGUGUAAAAGUGCAGAGAGGAUAAAAACUAAGGAGAGAGGUUUUCUCAAAACAAUGAGUACUACCACCAAAAAAUCUGAUGACAAUAAACCAAUGUUUUUGGAUGAGUUGGUCAGCAAAAAGGCAAACUGUGAUUCUGAUGGAAUACCUGCUCUGACACUUCCUCACCAACAGCUUUUAAAAUCUCAGACUCAAGAAGUGACCAGUGAUCAGACAACCACAGACCCAUUUACUUCUGUGGAAGAGCGGGGAAUCUUUCACUCAAUCCCAAUGCCUAAUUUCUGCCAGAGUCCUGUUUACAGUAAUGGCUCCAGUAGUUUACAAGAUGUAGCAGAUAACUUCAGUGGGAAGGUUUUGCUUGGUUCCAGCCCCAAUCAAAGCCACAAGGCUGAUGAAAAACUCAACAUUGGACUGAAAAGUGAUGGACCAAACACGAUAGUCGAGAGUUCACAGCACAUAAACCAGCUAGAAUCCUGCCUCUCCAACUUAAAAGAACUGAUCUCUGAUCUAGGGUCAUCACUUGUUCAGCUUGAAGGAAAAUGGGAGGAUGGGCCUGAUGAUGGCAGUGUGGUGAAACAAUAUCAAAGGAACAAUGAGGGUACAAAAGGACAAUCACUUGACUCUUGCAGAAGCACGAUCGGAAACACAGAUGAUCAAAAUAGCGAAAUAGACAAUAUUCUGUCAAUCCUGCAGGAUAAAGGAAAAGAAUUUAAUUCGGCAAAGGUCAGUUUGGUCAACACCUUUACAUUUCAGGGCAAAAGCAAUGACAAGGCAUGCAACAUGAGUUCUGGACAGCUCGAUGAAAGCAGAAAGCAACAGCCAUCAGGUGAAUGUGUGCUCACUGUGUCACAGUGGAUGCCAAUUCCUGAUGUUUUCAGAAAUGUUCUAUCAGAACCCACAGUUCCUCAUGAUGUUCCAGUACUGUUGGAAAGCAGUUUACCACAUCAUACAGAUAGAAACAGUGAAUUGACUGAGGAUUGUCAUAAAUCCACCAACAAGCUCUCUGUCAACCAAUCCUAUAAUGUGGACAUGCCCCCUGAGGUGCAGCUUGAAGGUUCAGGAUCUGAGCUGGACCCAAGCAACCAGUCGGUUCAAGGGAAGGGAUUGACCCCCGUGAGUGAGGCAGGUAUCGAGAGCAUGUCAUCCAAGAAGGUCAAACGGAGACUGCUCAUGCAUGUGACCGACAAUAAUCCUGAUAGGACUUCAACACCCUGGAGUGAGGACCUGUCAGUGGUCAAUCCCGGCUGCAGUACUUCCAAAGUGGCUUCACCGGGCAGUGACAGUCUUGUAGAGGAACUGAAACAGGUCCAUGCUGCUCAAGUCAGAGCCCUCCAAGAACAGCACAGGAAGCAGCAGGAAGAACUUUGCCAAGCACUCACAGUGCGUUACUGCUUGCUCCAGAGCUCGUCCUUCCCGUGCUCUCUGUCAGGCUCUCGUCUUGGGGACACAGUGACAUUCUCAAAGCUCUCUCAGCCCCCCAGCUUUCAACUAGAGCACUGCCGCCCCCUGCUGUUAGCUGCUGUCAAAGGCUAUCUGACACGCAGGCUGCUCAGGACUGCGAGAGUGGCACAGCUUGUGGGAACCAUCAGGGAGACACAACAAUUCCUGCAGGCUUUGCAGCUGCCUAGUCCCAGAGGUGAAAUCUGUAGCAAAAAUGAUCGUAUAUUCCUGCAGCAAGUCUCUCGGCAGCUGCGAGCGUCUCGUUACGAAAUUUACGACAUCUUCUUCUGCUUGUCAGUGGCUGAGAGGAUGCAGCUGAUUAGUUUGGACAGAGAACAGGCAAGAAAGAGAGCGCUCAGACGACAGAUGGGCCACUCAAACUGUCCAAAAGGAAAAACUUUUUUGUCUGCUGGAACACAAAAGUCUCUCCAGACUAAAAGAGGCAUCUUGAUCCAGAAAAAGGUGUCAGAAAGACGCACAGGAGUUGUGAUGACUAAACAUAAGACAGGAUUUCCUAACGAGCAGGCGCUAGAAACCAAGCGUGGGCAGUCGAGAACAAAGCCUGCAGCGAUCUCUCAGAGAUGCUACUCCAGCAGACCCCGAUGACACUUGCUCAUUUGGCCCGACUAAAAACUUUUUGCUUUAUUCACAUUUAGCAGAUCUGGUCUUGCUUUGAACUACUAUAGUGUCCGAAUUCUUGUGUAAAUUGGCGAAUACUUUCAAAUGAAAGCACUCAACUAGCCGAAACUGGCUUGUAAUGGCCUGCAAAUGGACAUUUUGUGUGGGGCUCAAUACAUGUAAACAUCAUCACUUCAACAACUGCCUUUGGUUUAUCAAAUAUUUGCUCUCGUGAGAUAAUUUAUGAAGCAUGUUUUUGUUGUCAUUGUUGUUUUUUACUCGCCCAGUGUUUCCUCAUUCCUCACUAUUGUCUUUGCAGAAUGUGUACACCUCACUGAUUCAAUCAUAUCUUACAGUAUUUCAAGGAUCUUAUUUGGACUUCUGUCCACCCUCCCUGAAUCCUGCCUUAAUUAUCUGGCCUGUUAUUGGUUUGCUUUAUAUAUAUAUCUACCUAAAAUUCCUCUAGUUAUAUUUUAUCCAGAGUUAAGUUUGUGUUAUUUAUAUUUCUACGUUAUGUAUUAUUUGAAAAUAAACAUUUUUAAAUAUC